AUGAGGGCAAUGGAAUUAAUUAAGAGUGACCUGUGGCUCUCUGGACCAGAGUUUUUGAAACAAGACGAAAGUGAAUGGCCACAAUAUCCUGCUGCCCUGGGUAUCUCUGAAGGGGACCCAGAAUUGAAGGCUGUUUCCACGGUGUCAAUUAAAAGGGAUUGCAGUGUUAGUUACUUAAUAAAUCACUUCUCGAGCUGGCCAAAACUAAUAAAGGUUGUAGCCUGGAUACUCAGAUGGAAACGCAUUGUCAAGUCAAAGGGAAAAGGGGUCGCAGGACCAAUCUCAGUGGAAAAAUGGAAGGGCGCUGAAAUUUCUAUAGUGAAGUAUAUCCAGCAACAGUCAUAUGCAGCUGAAGUUCAGUCCCUGCGCAAUGGUCAGCAAGUUAAUUUAAAUAGCCCAUUGGUAAAAUUUGACCAAAUUCUAGUAGAAGGUGUUAUGAGAGUUGGUAGUAGACUGAGAAAUUCACAAAUUAAUGAAGAUGCAAAACAUCAGAUAAUCUUACCGAAGGGUCAUCAUGUCACAACACUCAUUGUUCGCCACUAUCACAUUUGUACUGGUCAUUGUGGUACAAAUUACACUCUUAGUGAAAUCAGACAAGGGUUUUGGCCCAUUGGUGGGCGUGCAACUGCCAAAGCAACUUCAAGGAAUAGUGUUGAUUGCCGGGAAAGACAUGCUCGACCACCAAAUCAGAAGAUGGCCGAUUUGCCAAUAGAUAGAGUUACUCCUGCCUUGCCUCCCUUCACUUGUGUAGGCGUUGAUUGCUUUGGAUCCUUGUCAAAAAUGGAAGGUCCAUGUUGA